UACAAGACUCAGAUAAAACUUAAUCGCCGGCUAGUCUUGGGAAGUCGGCGCGAAUGUAUACCGCGUGUAUUUUAAUCAUACGUUCGGAAUCUCGAUAAUCUGUUGGAAUUAUGUUCAGUGUAGUGAACGAUAAAAUACCUCAGAUUGUUUUCGCGUUAUCAGCGUCCCUGGGUGCGUUCGUCAUCGGCACAGUGCUCGGAUGGUCAUCGCCGACGAUGACGAUGUUGGAGAACGGGACCGCCGUCAGUUUCGAGGUGUCGUCAAUGGCCGCGGCGACCGCGUGCUCGCUGUUCGGCGUGGGCGCUGUGAUCGGCGCCGUGCCCGCCGGCGCCGUGUCGUCCGUGUUCGGCCGACGAGUGUCGCUCAUCGUCAGCGAGGCGCAUGUGGUCUUCGGCUGGUUGAUGAUCGCGUUCCCGAAGGCCGCGCGGAUGCUGUACGUGGGCCGGAUACUGCAGGGCGUCGGGUGCGGUGCCAUGUGCACCAUAAUACCCAUGUACGUCGGCGAGAUUGCCGAACCCGAGAUUCGAGGGUUCCUUGGUGGUUUAUAUCAGUUGUUCGUCGUGGCCGGCAUUUUGUACUCAUAUGUGCUUGGAAACUUUUUGAAUUAUACCCAACUCAACUUAGCGUGCGGCGUGUGGAUGGUGAUUCACAUACUUGGACUGUUGUACAUGCCGGAAUCACCGUAUUUCCUAAUCCAGGAAAACAAAAAAGUUUCCGCCGAAGAAGCAUUGGCCCGGCUUCGAGACGCCGAUCACGACUGCAAGGCUGAACUCGUCGAGAUACAGAAAUUUGUCGAAGAAGAGCAAAAGAACAGUUAUACGGCGCGCGAAGUGCUCGAGAAGGACGUGAACCGGAGGGCACUGACGAUUGGCAUCGGUUGUAUGUUUUUCCAGCAGACGACCGGUAUCAAUGCGAUCAUAUUCUAUAUGAAACACGUGUUCGAAAUUUCGGGAAGUGACAUUAGUCCCGAACUAUGCACCACCAUUGUUGGCACAAUACAGGUGGUAAUGACAUUCGUAUCUAUGAUGAUCACGGACAAGUUCGGCAGACGUUCGUUAAUGGUGUACUCGAUGACUUCGAUGGGCCUUUGUUUACUGGCACUGUCAUACUAUUUUUUUUCAAAAAAAUACAACCCUCACGUGGCUCAAACGCUGGACUGGUUACCACUCGUGACCAUAGUGUUGUACAUAUCCAUGUUCUCGAUCGGGUGCGGUCCCAUACCGUACAUAAUUAUUGGAGAAAUAUUCUCAUCAGAACUUAAGUCAAUGGGCACAGGCAUGUCAAUUGCCACCAAUUGGAUAUUGGUCUGGUUGGUAACGUGUCUGGCCGAACCUAUGGACAAAUUUAUCGGUCCGAGUGGUACAUUUUUCGUGUACUCUGGGUUCUGUUUUAUGGGCAUGUUGUUUGUCGUCAAUUGCGUACCGGAGACUAAAAAUCGAUCUCUAGCUGUAAUUCAAUCGGACCUCGAAAAGAACUAACAAACGGUUUUAGUUCGUCUCGUUGGAGUGAGUCGUUAAACCCACUUUAUAAACACAAUGUAAUUUUGAUUAAAAUUAAAUGUAUAUGAUUGAUAACUGGAAUUAAGUGAUAACAUAAUUUUUGUACGAUAACAAUAAUAAUAAUAAAAAAUUAUCGAUAAAAUAAAUUUAUGUGCUUUAGAAUUAA